CAUCUUUUCUUCCCUUUCUUCAAGUACCUUAAGGGACAGCUUUUCAUGACCCAUCUUCGUAUGUCCCUCUGGCAGCCGGAAAGAGUCCUAGUUUGGAGCUACUGCUUGUGUAGUGCUCAAGGCAGUAACCUAUGUUUGUUUUGUUUUGUUUUGGCUGUUUGUUGGCUUCUACGAGGGGAUCUGACACAAGAGCAACUGUAUGUUUUUGUAUUUUCCUUUACUUCUUUCCCUGAGGAGUGGUGCCAAGUUCUACUGUGAGUUUUCAGUAGGCUGAGAUUUUCUCUUACCUUGAGUUGGUGUUACAGACAAUGAUGAGGCCGCCGCGGUUGGAUCGGGUACAGACCAUGUUCCUCCUUCCGCUAAUCAUGAGCCUGGGAAUGCAGCUUCAUCAGACAGCAGCUUUAUUCACAGUGACGAUCCCUAAGGAACUGUACACAGUAGACUAUGGCAGCAAUGUGACCCUGGAGUGUCACUUUGACACCGGAGGUCACGUGGAACUCAGAUACUUAAAGGCCAGUUUGCAGAAGAUGGAAAACGAUACAUCCUUGCAGAGCGAAAGAGCCAGCUUGCUGGAGGAGGAGCUGCCCCUGGGGAAGGCCUUAUUCCACAUCCCUCGAGUCGAAGUGACAGACGCAGGCCAGUACCGCUGCCUGAUCAUCUACAGGGUCGCCUGGGACUACAAGUACCUGACUCUGAAAGUCAAAGCUUCCUACAAGAAAAUAAAAACUCAUUUACUUAGGAUCCCGGGGGUAGAUGAGGUAGAGCUCACCUGCCAGGCAGAAGGUUAUCCACUGGCAGAAGUGACCUGGCCAAACGUCAGUGUUCCUGCCAACACCAGCCACAUCAAGACCUCGCAAGCCCUCUACCAGGUCACUAGUGUUCUGCGCCUAAAGCCACACCCUGGCACGAACGUCAGCUGUGUGUUCUGGAAUGCUAACGUGAGAGAACUUACUUCAGCCGUCAUUGACCCUCAUGGUGGCAAAGAACUUGACACCUCUUCAAAUCGGCUGCUUCAUGUUUUCAUCCCUUCCUUCGUCAUUGCUUUGAUGUUCGUAGCUACAAUGAUAGGCUUAAGAAAACAGCUCUUCCAAAAGCUUUCCUUUAGAAAAGACACAACAAAAAAAUCUGACACCACCGUAAGGAGGGAAGUGGACAAAGCUAUUUGAACCUGUGGUUUCAGGAGCUGGGGUGACCUGAUGGGACAUCCUCAAGAAGCUUCUGGACUCUGAACAAAAGAGAGGCAGCACCUGGCCACGGGUGCUCAGAGGAGGCUAGGCAGCCCCCCCGCCCCCCGCACCGGCCCCCGCCAGAUCCAGGUGCUCACCUCUGCAGCCUGUGACUCUAAGCAAGCACUAUAGCACUUUAGAAAAUGACCACCCCGGAUCCUAGACCCCGAUGUGUUCUGAGGCUCCUUCUUGCUGCCAGACUGAAAACAAGGGAAUUUCCCCCCCUACUUUUCCAAAGUGAUUUCCAGAAGCAAAGAUGAGUGGAAAUUUUCAGUUACAGAAACGGACCAAUUGCCAAUACAGUUAUUUUUAUCUGCAGUUUCUUCUGGAUUCUGGAAAAGCCUAUUGAGUCCAUGAACUCACAGAGCUUUAAACAAAGUUGAGCCAUAAUUGACAUAUCAUAUGGCUUAGUGGAAUCUUGAAGGAAUCUGAGUUAUUUUAAUUACAGAAAGCAUUUAAGUACACAGUGGACAACUCCAAAUUGUGGAGAAAGGCCGUUGAGUAUUUUUGUGAGAUCUAAAUCACAAAGCAUUUGUUUUAACCUGUAAUGGCACCAUAUUAAAUGAUUUUUUAAAACUACAUCUUCCCUUUUAAAAAUGCUAUUUUUUUAACCUCAGAAACCAAUGGCAUAUAUUUAAAAAAAUUUGUCAUGCUAAUGUGCUGUACCUACAAAGAUUUCAGAUGGGUACCCAUAAUGGUCAAAGCCCCAAACAAAGGUUCCUUUCCUGGCCCUCUCUCUGACUUUAAACUCCACCUUUCAGUGCUCGGUCCAUGUCUGUGAUACAGCGACGCGAGUCAAGGCCUUUGAUGUGGAGUUCCCUUAUGUGGGUGUCGAGGGGAAGGGUAACUGCAUGCAGCGACAACUCAUUAAUCCUGUUAAAUUUGGCCUGUGUGCUGCAGCUAUGAAGUUCAGGGUACUAGGUGACCCAUGGAAUAUCCAAAUGUGUGCAUUGUCGAGCACAGCAGAGUCCUAGGUCAGUGGGUUUUCUCUCUGGGUUUGGAGCCAUGAGGACUUGAACACAUGUUAUAUCUUCCCCUUAGAUUGUGAGCUCCCGGAGAGCAAGGAGGGAGCAGGAUUUUGUCAAUGCUGCAACGUGUUGGGGGGGGUAGAGGCCUCAUGCACAAUCGGCUCUAAGACUCAUCCUAAUAUGGAAGAGAAUGUCUACAUGUAACAUUCUUACUUUUUAUGACCAUAAUAUGAAUGGCUAAGAAGCAUGUAAUGGCAAUCCUUAAAAACAAAAGAGCUGGAUGAGUUCUGUGUCUUAAAAAAAAAAAGUACCUUUUACAAAGGAAGCAAAAAUAGCAUUUGGGAGAGUUUGAGGAAUUGAGAAAGACCAAACAAACAAAAAUCACCUAUGAUCUCAUCAUCUCAACACAAGUGUUUUCAUUUUUGCUGUUGGCUUUUGGUCCUUGUCCAGACAUGUACACGAUUUCAGCCAUAGUUGUGAUUUUCUAUCCUUUUUUUCAAAUUUGCAUUGUACCACGGGCUCCCACCUAUGUGGCUGACUGGUCCUAAUUAUCGUUUUUAAUGCUCAGAUCAUAAAGAGCAGAGAUUGGGCCCAAACUCUCUUCAUCCCCUGACCAUCAUAAGCCCAUAUUUUGACUACUGGACUACAGUGACAUUUAGGGUUCCUAAGGAUUAGUAUCAUUCAGAAUGGUGUUCAGGAAUCCCUGAAAAGCCUGGGUAUUUCCGUUUCCCCCAGUGCACAGACACCUUCAUAAAUGACCCCAAGUCCCUUUGGGGAUGGCUUCAAGGUAGAUCUACAGUAUUCGUGGUGUUGUUGUAGGAUCCCUUCUGAGAACUGGGGAAGAAGCUAUGAUUCUCAGUUGUGAAAAACCUCAAGUCAGAUUUCUAUUAUAUAGAUCAAGUAAUGCUUUGGUAGGCUGGCCAUCCACUGAGUUCUUAGGACAAACCACCACUGAAGAUUUCCUACAAGUAAAGAAUUCUGAUUGCUAUUCUGGAAUCUUAUCCUCUCCACUGAAAUCAGGAAGCCCAUCUCAGGGGCAUUCCUCCCAGCACCCUUGGGCUGCAGAAAACAGCCCCCUGGAAGUGUCCAAGGUAGCUGGGGCUCCCUCUCUAAUGCAUUUCUCAAGGCUUUAGUGAAGGGACUAUUCCUUGGGCCCUUUCAAGGUGAGGAAAGAUGCACAGUUUACACAUGAUAAGUUACUCCAUUAUUCCUAACUCCUUAAGGCUUUAGGAUCCUUCCUGUACAUUAUUCCACAGAAAUUCUAUCAACUCAAUGUCACUGUUGAGCACAGGUUUCAGUCAACUAAGUAAACAGACCACUCCCAGCUGCUCAAACUCAUACAUUUAUUUCAGCUUGCUUUCACUGUAUAACAAAACUUAUGGCUUAUGUUUCUCACUUAUGCUUUUAUGAUUGUGUAUGUUAGCAAUUUAAGCUGGGUUCAGCAGGGGCAACUCAUUUCUGCUUUAUAGGGCAUCAGCUGGGCUCACUCAUGCAUUUGCCAUCAGUUGACAGAUGGCUUGAAGGAUGCUGGUCUUAGGUGGCCUCACUCACAUGUCUUGGAGUUGGUGCUGGCUGUGGGCUGAGCCAUGUACCUUCAGCAGGUCUAUCCAUGCUUUUUUCAGUAUGGAAGCUGGUCCAGAAGAGCAAAAAGAGGGCCAACCCCAAUGUGCAAGGAGUUUUCAGGUUUCUGUUUGCAUCACGUUUGCUAAUGUCUCAUUGGCUGAAGCAAGUCAGAUAGCUAGGCCAAAAUCAAUGUGGGAGGGACUUACGUGAGGGCCUGAUCUACACAAAUGGUAUAAUUUCCUGGGGACUAUUGCUCUAACAAUCUACCAUAGCAUUAAGUCCAAAAACCUAUGGAGAGUGUAUUAUAUCAGGACUACCUAAAUUUGGCCCCAACCCGAUGUUGUAUUCUGUUUUCCUUGGUCUGAUACCCUUAG